UCCUCUAUCCUAUUUAAAAACCGCGCAUUGAUUGGGUUAUAGGCAAGUCGAAGAAGAGGAUGGCAAAGGUUGGAGGAGUCACCGAAGUUGGGGGAAGCCAGAACAGCGUGGAGAUCGACGGCCUCGCUCGUUUCGCCGUCGAUGAGCACAACAAGAAACAGAAUACGCUUCUGGAGUUUCAGAAGGUGGUGAACGCGAAACAGCAGGUGGUUUCGGGAACUGUGUACUAUAUAACGCUGGAGGUGACUGAUGGUGGGAAGAAGAAAGUUUAUGAGGCCAAGAUUUGGGAGAAGCCAUGGUUGAACUUCAAGGAGUUGCAGGAAUUCAAGCUCAUUGGUGAUGCCCCUUCACACUCUAGUAGUGCUUAGCUAGGUGACUGAAGAUCUGAUGUAUCAUCUUACUUUGUUUCAAGUUGAAAUAGAAGUAUAUCAGAACAUUGAAGGCAUGUUCCUAUUUAAAUAAAUAAAUGUAAAUAAAUCUUAUCCGAAUCAGAUUCUUAGCCUUCAGGAUCUGGUGGAUUCGCCUUUCCUUGUGACCAGUAUUUCUGUUGAAUAUAACAACUUAUUGAUGCAUAAAUACAGUAAGUAAUUCAAUUUUGCUUUUCUCA